GGCUUUAUAUAAGAGGCGCGUAGGCCAUCGCAAGUUCAGAGUCAAAGUGAAGAGACCAAGAAGAGACUGUGAUGGCUCGUUUAAUCUGGCUGCUGUUGGGCCUCGUCGCCGUUCUCCAGGUGGCCCAGGCCGACCCCCUGACCAACCAAACUACUCAGGUGGCCCAAGUCGGCACCCUGGCCAACCAAACUAAAGAGUCUCCACCUCACUGUGCCGCUGUGAAUAGAACCAUAAAUUUGGAAACGCUAGCCAACGGCAAAAAGUACUUUUUCUCCCGUUGGUAUGUAUUGACCUUUGACCUCGCGAUCGCAGGUUGCAAGGAAUUUGGUCUGCACCUGGCUCACCCGAAGAACCAGGCCGAUCUGGACGCGCUGCACAAGAGGGCAGAUUAUUACGACGAGCAUUGGUGGUUCUAUGGGGCGAGAAACUUUGCCGAGCCGGGUGAGGCGUUCGACUACCGUUGGGAGGACGGAACCAAACUUGAGGAAAACAGUCCGUUGUGGGGCGAAGGCGCCGACCUGAGUCGCGGCUGCGUCGACCUUUGGAUCAGGGUGGACUCGAAACUGCGCACCAGCGACUGCACUCGCCCCCAAUUCUUCGUCUGCGAGGUGCCCGCCGAAUGCUACUAAGAUUUAUGUAGUCGACUUCUUUAAUUGAUCUGAUCAUAUCAGAAUACUCAUGCAAAAUUUAAAAGAAAUAAAAAAGAAAUGGUGAAU